GCCUUGCAGCAGCAGGAAGCUGUAACAACUCUCUCAAUUCACAGAAUCGUUUCCGCGCGAGCGAGCGAGCAAUAGCGAAGCACCACCAUGCUGGCCGUCCUGCGCACGGCGAGGCGGCUGGCCCCGGCCGCCGCGCGGAGCGCGAGCCGACGACGGAUGACCGCGCCGGCGGCGAGCGAAAAGGUCGAGAAGAUCUGCGACGACGUCUGCCAGCUCAACGUUUUGGAGCUCAAGGAGUUCCUCGACCUCUUCAAGGAGCGCGCGGGCCUGAGCGACGCCGAUUUACAAGGCGGCGGCGGCGGCGGCGGCGUGGUGCAGGUCGCCGCCGCGGCCGCGCCCGCGGCCGCGGCGCCGGCCGAGGCCGCCGCGGAGGAGAAGGAGUUCUUCGACAUCAAGCUGACGAGCUUUGAUGCGAAGGCCAAGAUCAAGGUCAUCAAGGAGGUGCGCGCGCUGACGGGCUUGGGGCUCAAGGAGGCGAAGGAGGUCGUCGAGGGCGCGCCGUCCGUGCUCAAGAAGGAGGUGAAGAAAGACGAGGCCGAGGAGAUCGUCAAGAAGCUCACGGAGCUCGGCGCCGCGGCCGAGCUCGAAUAAAAGUAG